AUGAGACGCUCUGGUUCCUCCCGCGUCCCCUCGCCCACCAACACCACCUACUCCGGCAUAUCCAACUAUCGCACAGACUCUUACCGUCCCCUCAAGGAUGCACCACGCAUAUCUUCUACUCUCGUCGACGCCCCCGAGGUCGCCCGCACUCACUUUUGGGAGCUAAACACUUACCUUGCCGCGUAUCUAGCCAAAGUUCCCUUCCUCCCUGUGCGCGACGAUUUUCACCCAAAGCGGAACCAGGCGCGUCAGAAGCUGGCGACGCUCCCUACCGGCCGGUUCAAGGACCUUUCGAGCGACGUGUAUUACGAGCUGUCCAGGCGAUACCCGGAGUUCAAGGAAGACCCCACGAACGGCGCGCCGAUCGGGUCUCCCGGGUCCUCCUACGACGACUAUCCUUCGCCCGACUUCCCCGCCUCUGCUCGCCCGGACAAUGCCGCAUCGAGUGCGCCGCCGUCGCAAGACCUGUACAACGGGGAAAACCGGCGGCGGCCAUCGCAAGACAUGACCGGGCGGCGGUCGGAGGAGUACGGCGGGGCAUUAGUCGGGCGGCGCCCCAGCGAGUCGGUGAGCACGACGAGCGAGUCGACGUCAGCGUCGAACGCGCAGAGCGCCGGCAUGGGGAUGAUCAUCCCGAACAAGAGCACGAUCGCGGAGGAGGAGAUCGAGGUCCCGUAUGGGCGCGAGGUGCGGGACAGCGCGAGCACGGCGAUGGACGACCGCACGCGCGAGAGGGAGCGCGAGCGCGACAGCGACAGCGACGUGGACGAGGACGGACUGCGUCCGGGUGGGCUGAGCGGGCUGAGCGCGCGGCUGCAGGCGGUGGAGGGCGAGGACGAGGACCGCGCGGGGUCGCGCGGGGAAGACUACUUGGACAAGCUGUCGUACGGGCGUGCCUCGGUCACGUCCGACCGGUCGAACGGCGCCGCUGGGGUCGGUGCGCGGCUGAUGGGCGGGCGCGCGAGUGUCGCCGCGGAGGAGUCGGAGCGCAUGCGACGGGAUUACGAGUACAAGAUCGCGACACUGCAGUCGCGCGUGGCGACGCUGGAGCGGGAGGUUGAGGACGGUCGAGAGCGGGAGCAGAAGUGGGCGGAGGGCGAGGCGCGGGUACGUGCCGUCGAGGAGGAGCUGCGGGAUCUGCGCCAGCGGAUGGAGGAGAAGACGGCGGCUAUGUUCUCGCUGCAGCAAGAGCUGGACAAUUCACGGCAGGAGCGCGCGCGGGAGAAGGAGGCGGAGGCGCGGCAGGCGCGCGUGGACGAGGACGAGCUGCGCAUCUUGCGAGACCGCUGUGAAGAGCUCGAGGCAGAGCGUGCGGGCGGCGGCCAGGUGCUCCUUCAGGCCAACCCCGAGAUCAUGGACCAGCUUCGGUCGGACAUGGAGGGUCUGAUGAUGGAGCUGUCGGACCUCUCGAGGCGCAACGACGAGCUCAUGACGGCGAAAGACUCGGACUUGACCGUCAUACGCGACCUCGACGCGCAGCUCAAGGAGUAUAAGCGCAAGUACGAGCAGGCCAAGACGGAACUGCGGAGUGUCAAGGCGACAUCGCAGCUCUUCCUGCAGGCACCGCGCAUGGACGACCAGCUGCCGGUCUCUCAGGACGGCGGCCUCGUCGACAUCCAUGUCACAGCCUUCGUGUCUGCCAUCGACAGUCUCCUCACUGCCGGGCGCUCCAACGCCCCUACGCGUGUGCUGACGCCCAUGAAGGCCGUGAUCAACGCAGUCAGCGCCAUCAUCGAGGACGUCAAGAUCGUAGAGCGCAGGCCGCGGCGUGAUAUCGACGUCGACGCGUUGCGCACGCUGCGAGACCGCCUGGAAGCCACUCUGAGCAACCUGGUCGCGGCCACGAAGACACACGCGACGGGCUCCGGCAUGUCGCCCGUCAGCCUCCUGGACGCCGCCGCCAGCCACGUGUCGGCGACGGUCACCGAGAUCGGGAAGGCGGUGUGCAUCCGCAAGGCGACGCGCGCGGAGCAGGAGCAGUUCGCGCCCGCGUCGUCUGUGGGCGCGUCCGCGACAAACGGCUACGCUCCACCACUGCGCUCCGUGGACGAGGGCGGGAGCCUACACCAGAGGAUGGCGAGCUCUGCCAGCUCCAGGCGGGGCGACGCGUCGCAGCAGAACGGGAACCGGUACGGGGACGACGAGUCCGCGGGCGCCGAGAGCCCCGAAGACGCGUGGUGCGAACUUAAGCCGUACCUGGAGGCGCAGACCGACGCGAUCGUGUACGCGAUACAGAGCGUGCUCUCAGGCGUGCGCAGCCCGACGCCGCCGCCUUCACUCAACGAGAACCUCACGCAGAUCAUCACCAUCGUCUCGAGCAUUGUCGCGGUCUGCAAGGACAACAUCCCGCCGAAGCACGCGCAGCAGGGCGGCGAGCUGCUGCGCGAGCUGGACGAGCAUGCCAACCGGCUGAGCGAGACGCAGGCGCUGCCGGAGAUCACGAAGGAGUCACGACAGAUUAUGGCCAAAUCUAGUUUCGCUAUAGCUAAUGCAAUGAAGGUUCUCGUGAAGCUGUCUUGAUUUAUAUGUAGCAUUAUGUGGGCAAUAUAUCCCGAUGCGUGCCUCGA